UAGGCAUUAGUGGUGGGCCACUUUGGAUUCUACAGUUGUGGCUUUACUCUUAUUUUCCAGCACUUGCUCCUGUUUCAUCUACUAUACCAGCUCGAAAUCUGCUCACUUAUGGCUUUAUGUUCAAAAAUGUCGCAGAGAACAAGAGAAGUUUUGAGGAGUGCUUCAGAUUUUUUGCUUCUCUUUCUAUUGACAGAUCUGAUGCAGAUUUCGUUGUGUUUCUAAGCAGAUCUCAUGGCCCUUCAUGGUACAAGGCCAAUGUCAAAUCUUCAGACUUCAAGGCAUUUUUGUUUGUUUGUGUGACCUCCCGGGAUUUGUUUGUUGGCUGUAGUUUGAAUACUCUCAAUUCCAGAUGUGGCAUGGAGCUUUAUGCACCGAACCAAUUCUGUCGGCAGCUUGGGUACUGCCAAGACAUACCAUUCCCGCCACUAUUCUCCUUCAACCACAGCUAUCCUCUUUAAUUUAUGAUUGGGGAAUCAAACAUUUUGAUCGCCAAGCUUGCUGAAAUCACAAAAACUUUGCAGACAAUGAUCUUGCCAGAUCCUCCAUUUCGACCGAGUUGUACUCCCUCCUAUAGAAAUUGGUGGCAAGACUACUUCCAUCCUCGGUUCCUCAGUGUUCUGGACAAUAUUUCUGCUUUGGCUCCUCGACCACUCACCAAAAAAUUUGAAGAAAAGGAUGUUGCAGAUGAAGGUGAUGACCUGGAAUCUGCCAUGGUUGUCCAGAUCAGCAAGCUAGAUCUGCUAAGGAGAGCUCCUAGAACUCAAGUCAAGAGGAAAAUUACCACUCUUACAGAUUCCAUGGAGGAAAAUACUCCCUCCAAGCAGCGAAGAACCAGAAGUAUCAAGAGGCCAACAGUGAAACCAUCUGCAGCCAAGAAACUCAUCAAGUCUGCCUCUCCCUCAGUGUCCACUUCUGCCAUGGAAACCGAGACUCAACCUAAUAAAACAAAAGAUGUUUCCCUUGAACUUGCUGCCAUAGCAGAUCCUGUUGAAGUAUAUCUGUUGAAAGUGGUGAAAGCAAUUCUGGCUCCUCUCGUACAAAAUCUAGCGAUGGUUCUUCACCAGCCACAAAGGUUAGAGGUUCUAGAUUCUCUUCACGCAUAGCGAACAAAAGCUUUAAAACAGUUAGACCAAAUGAACUCAUCGAUCUAAACCCAAACAAAGAGAAUACCCCUACACCUGUAGCCUCUCCUGUUAGGCAGGUUGAUGUUGAUGACAUUGAGGUUGUUUCAUUGUUUUGAAAUCUACUUAGAUCUUGAAAUCUGUUACUGUAUCUGCUAGUUGCUAUUUUUUGUUCUUUUGUCUUUAAAUUUUGUAGAGUGUUGCUGCUAAUGUGUCCAUGAUUGAUGGUGAUUUGGAGAAUGAACUUCUUGCCCAGCU